AACCGUUUUGUCAGAUACUGAGACAGAACAUCGCGGAGAAGCGCAACGUCAGAGGAGCGCAGUUUAUUCACGAUUAGUUUGUUUAGGACCAGGGAUUCAAUUUAUGAGAAGGAAAAGAGUGGAUAUACACACCAGGAUCAAGUGAGGAGUGGGAGUUUGCUCGGUGAGGCUGGGAAGACAGCAACAUGGCAGUGUCCACUCAGCUGGGUUUACUGCUAUGGAAGAACUUCACCUACCGACGGAGACAGACUAUCCAGCUGCUGAUUGAGAUCAUCUGGCCCCUGUUCAUCUUUUUCAUCCUGAUAUCAGUCCGAAUACAUUACCCACCUUAUGAACAACAUGAAUGUCACUUCCCUAACAAGGCCAUGCCCUCAGCAGGUACCCUGCCCUGGGUACAAGGCAUCAUCUGUAACGCCAACAACCCCUGCUUCCGUAAUCCUACCCCUGGAGAAAGUCCUGGUGUAGUGGGGAAUUUUAAUGAUUCCAUAAUAUCCCGUUUGUUCACUGAUGCCAAGAAGAUCCUGCUGUACAGUCAGAAUGAUAAGAGCUACGAAGGCUACAAAGGACUUCUGAGGGCCCUCAGGAAGCUUCAGAAGAACACAGCCCGUUUCAAGCUAAAGGACUUUUUGCGAGACAAUGAGACCCUUUCCCACUUUCUGCACCACAAUGCAUCUCUUCCUCACCACGCAUUGAGGCACAUUGUUGAGGCUGAUGUCAAUUUAGAGAAGGUUCUCACUAAAGGUUUUGGAUUCCAUCUCAGAGACCUUUGCAACACCACUCCUCUGGAGGAGUUUGUCCACAUCGCUGAUCAAAACGUGUCCCGUUUGACUCAAGAAAUAAUCUGCAAAUCAUCCAGUGAAUGGCUGAACAAGGCUCAAAGCCACUUCCUCUCCAACCUGGACUUCCUGAAACCCAUUCGGAGGGACGUCAGGUCAGACCCCAAAGUUGUUCAGGAGGUCUCGGCUGCAACCAAUAAUCUUCUGGAGAGGCUGGGAGAGCUGGCUGUGGAGCUUGCCAGUAUGAAGAGUUGGAAGGAAAUGCGAAAGGAGAUCCUGUACCUAACUGCAAAUGCCUCAGGGUCUCCAAAUCAGAUGUACCAGGCUGUGUCACGUAUCGUCUGUGGGCACCCAGAGGGAGGUGGACUCAAAAUUAAGUCUCUCAAUUGGUAUGAAGACAACAACUACAAGGCCUUAUUUGGAAACCAUGGCAACGACAGUGACAGUGAACCUAUCUCCGCUUAUGACAACUCUUCCACUCCCUAUUGUAACAACAUGAUGAGAAAAUUAGAGUCCAGCCCUAUUUCCAGGAUGAUCUGGAGGGCUCUAAAACCUCUUCUCAUGGGGAAGAUACUGUACACCCCAGACACCCCAGCAACUCAGAGGAUCAUCCAUGAGGUUAAUAAAACCUUCCAGGAACUGGGUGUGCUGAGGGAUCUUGGGGGGAUGUGGGAGGAGAUGAAGCCCAAAUUUUGGAAUUUCAUGGAGAAUAGCGAGGAAAUGGACUUAGUUAGGACACUGCUCCAGAAUAAUGCCAGCGCUGCAUUCCUGAAUGCCCAGCUUAGUGAAACUGAGUGGCGUGUAGCAGAUGUGGCAAACUUCCUGUCAAAGGCCUCUGAGGACCAGCGACCUGCAGGGUCUGCAAGCACCUGGAGGGACAUCUUCAAUGAAACUGACCAGGCCAUACAGACCAUUUCACAAUUCAUGGAGUGUGUGAACCUAGACAAGCUGGAGCCAGUCGCUAAUGAGGAACGUUUGGUUAACAAGUCCAUGGGUCUUCUGGAUCACCAGAAGUUCUGGGCUGGGAUUGUGUUUCCUGACAUUACUCAUAGCAAUAGCACCGACCUGCCAUCUAAUGUCAACUACAAAAUCCGCAUGGACAUCGAUAAUGUAGAGAGGACCAACAAGAUUAAAGAUGGAUAUUGGGAUCCCGGUCCCAGGGCAGACCCCUUUGAGGAUCUUCGGUAUGUCUGGGGCGGAUUUUCCUACCUGCAGGAUGUCAUCGAGCAGGGAAUCAUCAGAGCUGUCACCGGCACCAAAGAAAAGACGGGCAUCUACAUUCAACAGAUGCCCUACCCCUGCUACGUAGAUGAUAUUUUCCUGAGAGUGAUGAGUCGGUCAAUGCCUCUGUUCAUGACGUUGGCAUGGAUGUACUCUGUUGCUAUCAUCAUCAAGGGCGUGGUGUACGAGAAGGAGGCACGCCUGAAGGAGACCAUGAGAAUCAUGGGACUGAACAAUGGCAUCCUGUGGCUGAGCUGGUUUAUCAGCAGUUUAAUCCCACUGCUGAUCAGCGCAGGCUUGUUGGUGAUGUUAUUGAAGAUGGGCAACUUGCUGCCUUAUAGUGACCCAGGUGUUGUGUUCCUUUUCCUGGGAUCCUUUGGCAUUGUGACCAUCAUGCAGUGUUUUCUCAUCAGCACCCUGUUUUCUCGUGCCAACCUGGCAGCAGCCUGCGGUGGCAUCAUAUACUUCACCCUCUACCUGCCCUACGUUCUGUGUGUCGCUUGGCAAGACUACAUAGGCUUUGGAACAAAAAUUGUUGUGAGUCUGCUGUCUCCUGUGGCUUUUGGUUUUGGAUGCGAGUACUUUGCUCUGUUUGAAGAGCAAGGUGUGGGAAUCCAGUGGUCAAACUUGCUUGCAAGCCCUCUGGAGGAAGACAGCUACAACCUGACCACAUCAAUCAGUCUCAUGUUGUUAGAUGCAGUCUUGUAUGGAAUAAUGACCUGGUAUAUUGAAGCAGUAUUUCCUGGUCAAUAUGGCAUCCCCAGGCCUUGGUAUUUCCCCUUCACUAAGACAUAUUGGUGUGGAGAGAAAGAAAAUAAAAACCUCUCAACCCCUCUCUCAAAGAAGGGCAAUGCUGAUGCUGUAUGCAUCGAGGAGGAGCCCAGCCACAUUGACCCUGGUGUUUACAUUGAAAAUCUGGUGAAAGUUUACAGCCAUGGAAACAAGCUGGCGGUGGACGGACUGUCUCUGAGAUUUUAUGAGGGACAGAUCACCUCCUUCCUCGGCCAUAAUGGAGCUGGCAAGACCACAACUAUGUCAAUCCUUACGGGGUUGUUCCCACCCACCUCUGGCACUGCCUACAUCCUCGGGAAAGACAUCCGCUCCGAACUCAGCACCAUCCGACAGAAUCUGGGGGUCUGCCCCCAACACAACGUGCUUUUCAGCAUGUUGACAGUGGAGGAGCACAUCUGGUUCUAUGCUCGCCUGAAAGGGCUUACUGAGGAGAAAGUGAAAGCAGAAAUGGAACAAAUUGUGAAUGAUGUCGGGCUGCCACACAAACGGCAGUCCCGCACAAGCACCCUGUCAGGUGGGAUGCAGAGGAAGCUGUCAGUGGCUCUGGCUUUUGUUGGAGGAUCAAAGGUUGUGAUUCUGGAUGAACCUACUGCUGGCGUUGAUCCCUAUGCACGAAGAGGCAUCUGGGACCUGUUGCUUAAAUACCGACAAGGCCGCACCAUCAUCCUGUCUACUCAUCACAUGGAUGAAGCUGACAUCCUCGGUGAUCGAAUCGCCAUCAUUUCCCAUGGCAAGCUGUGCUGCGUGGGCUCCUCGCUCUUCCUGAAGACCCACCUGGGCACAGGCUAUUACCUGACUCUGGUCAAAAGAGAUUACGACUUGACAUUACAGUCCUGCAGGAAUUCUGCCAGUACAGUUUCCUACAGCAAGAAAACAGAGAAGGAGGAUAGUGUAUCAGAAAGCAGCUCAGAUGCUGGUCUGGGCAGUGAACCAGAAAGUGAAACCACCACAAUUGAUGUCUCGCUCAUCUCCAAUGUGAUUUUCAAGCAUGUCCCAGAAGCUCGCCUUGUGGAGGAUCUUGGCCAUGAACUGACUUAUGUCUUGCCUUACCAGUCAGCUAAAGAUGGAGCCUUUGUGGAGCUCUUCCAUGAGCUUGAUGACCGACUCACUGACUUGGGAAUAUCAAGUUAUGGAAUAUCUGAUACAACCCUGGAAGAGAUUUUCCUGAAAGUAGCUGAAGACAGUGGCGUGGAUUCUGUUGAGCUCUCAGAUGGAGUAGUACCAACCAGAACUCGACGACAUCACGCAUUUGGAGACCACCAGAGCUGCCUAAAGCCCUUCACUGAGGACGACUUUGACUUCAAUGACUCUGAAGGUGAUCCAGAAUCUCGUGAGACUGACUGGCUCAGUGGAACGGAUGGCAAAGGCUCGUACCAGGUCAAAGGCUGGAGUCUGAAGAGGCAGCAGUUUGUUGCACUGCUCUGGAAACGGUUCCUGUAUGCUCGCCGCUCCAGAAAAGGCUUCUUUGCUCAGAUUGUUCUUCCGGCUGUGUUUGUGUGCAUUGCCCUUGUGUUUAGCCUGAUUGUUCCUCCAUUCGGAAAGUACCCCAGUCUGGCUCUGCAUCCCAGCAUGUACGGAGAACAAUACAGCUUCAUAAGUAAUGACAUACCUGAAGAUCCUCACACCAACAACCUACUGGGAGCUUUGUUAAAAAAACCAGGGUUUGGCACACACUGCAUGAAAGGAGAGCCCAUACCGGACAUUCCUUGUACUGCUGUUGAGGGCGAAUGGUCGGUCCCCGAAGUCUCUGAAAGUGUGAGGGACAUGUUCGACAAAGGAAACUGGACCAUGGAGAAUCCCUCUCCCCUGUGUGAGUGUAGCUGCGAAGGACGCAAGAGGAUGCUGCCAGAGUGUCCUGCUGGGGCUGGUGGACUUCCACCACAACAGAUGAAGAUCAGUGACAAGGACACUCUGCAGAAUUUGACUGGUAGAAAUGUGUCUGACUAUCUGGUUAAAACCUAUGCUCAGAUCAUUGGCAAGAGUCUGAAAAACAAGAUUUGGGUCAAUGAGUUCAGAUACGGUGGUUUCUCAUUGGGCGCAAGGAGUUCUCAAGUUCUGACCCACAAAGAUGAAAUUGAUGAGGCAAUCGCUCAGCUGAGGAGACGCUUCCAUCUUGAAAGAGGAACUGCAGCCGAUCGUUUCUUCCGCAGCCUUUCCAGUUUUAUCCAAGGGUUGGACACCAACAAUAACGUCAAGAUCUGGUUUAACAACAAGGGUUGGCACAGCAUUGGUUCUUUCCUCAAUGUGAUGAACAACGGCAUCCUGCGUGCGAGUCUACCGGCUGGUAAAGACCCCACUAAGUUCGGCAUCACUGCCUACAAUCACCCUCUGAACCUCACCAAGGAGCAGCUGUCGCAGGUUGCUUUGAUGACAACAUCUGUGGACGUGUUGGUGUCUAUUUGCGUGAUUUUCGCCAUGUCCUUCGUCCCUGCCAGCUUUGUGGUCUUCCUCAUCCAGGAGAGAGUAAACAAGGCCAAGCACAUGCAGUUCAUCAGUGGAGUGCAGCCUUUCCUCUACUGGCUGGCGAACUUUGUCUGGGAUAUGUGUAACUACAUCGUUCCAGCAACGUUGGUGAUCAUUAUAUUUGUGUGUUUCCAACAAGACGCCUACGUCUCCUCCACCAAUCUGCCCGUGCUGGCCCUGCUGUUGCUGCUCUAUGGAUGGUCAAUCACACCUCUGAUGUAUCCAGCUUCCUUCUUCUUCAAGAUCCCCAGCACUGCCUAUGUGGUUCUAACCAGUGUCAACAUACUGAUUGGAAUAAAUGGCAGCGUGUCCACAUUUGUUCUGGAGCUGUUUGGAAGCAAUGAGAUUGGUGGUAUAAAUGACAUCCUGAAGAACGUGUUCCUCAUCUUUCCUCACUUCUGCUUGGGUAGAGGACUAAUUGACAUGGUGAAGAAUCAGGCCAUGGCUGAUGCUUUGGAAAGAUUUGGUGAAAACCGGUUCCGCUCUCCCCUGGCUUGGGACAUGGUGGGAAAGAAUCUUUUUGCAAUGGCCAUAGAGGGUGUUGUCUUCUUCUGUAUCACCGUCCUGAUCCAGUAUCACUUCUGCUUCAAGGCCAGGUCAUCCAUCAGCCAUCUGAAACCUAUUGGAGAGGAAGAUGAGGAUGUGGCCAGGGAGCGACAGAGGAUCAUGAGCGGUGGGGGGCAAACAGACAUCCUGGAGCUCCGACAGCUCACAAAGAUUUACAAGCGGAAACAAAAACCGGCAGUGGACCGACUCUGUGUUGGCAUCCCUCCUGGAGAGUGCUUCGGUUUACUGGGGGUGAAUGGCGCAGGGAAGACCAGCACUUUCAAAAUGCUAACAGGAGACUCUGUAGUCACCAGCGGUGAGGCCUACUUGGCUGGCAAGAGUGUGAAUACAGAGAUAGAUGAGGUGCAUCAGAACAUGGGCUACUGUCCUCAGUUUGAUGCCAUCAAUGAUCUGCUGACAGGCAGAGAACAUCUCGAGUUCUACGCUAUCCUGAGAGGAGUACCUGAGAAGGAAGUCUGUGAGGUGGCAGAAUGGGGUAUCCGUAAACUGGGUUUGGUCAAAUACGUGGACAAAGCUGCAGGAAGUUACAGCGGUGGAAACAUGAGGAAAUUGUCAACUGCCAUCGCUCUCAUCGGCGGACCACCUGUUGUGUUUCUGGAUGAACCAACAACAGGCAUGGAUCCCAAGGCACGUCGUGCCCUCUGGAACGCCAUACUGAGCAUCAUCAAGGAGGGAAGAUCUGUAGUCCUGACCUCCCACAGCAUGGAGGAGUGUGAAGCACUGUGCACCAGGAUGGCCAUCAUGGUCAACGGCAGGUUCCGCUGUCUGGGCAGUGUGCAACACCUCAAAAACAGGUUUGGUGAUGGCUACACCAUUAUCCUGCGAGUGGCGGGGCCAGAUCCCGACCUUCGGCCGGUAAUGGAGUUCAUUGAACGUGAGCUGCCGGGCAGCACUCUGAAGGAGAAGCAUCGCAAUAUGCUGCAGUAUCAGCUUCCCUCAUCCCUCACCUCCCUUGCCCGCAUCUUCUCUCUACUCUCUAAGAACAAGGAGGCACUCAGCAUAGAAGACUACUCUGUGUCUCAGACCACUUUAGACCAAGUAUUUGUAAAUUUCGCCAAAGACCAAAGUGAUGAGGACCAUUUGAAAGACGUCCAUUUGAGCAAGCGGGACGCUGUUGUAGUGGACCUUUCCCAACUAAACACUUUCCUCAUGGACAACAAAUCUAGGGAGAGCUGUGUCUAAUUCUAUAACAUUCAUCAGUGGGAGUUGCUCUGCUUCUUCCAAACUUCCUUCCCGCAACUUAAAAAUAUGGACCACAAACCUGUUGGAAGAGAUGAACUUAGUACAUUUUUUUAUUUCCAAUUUUUAGUCUUUUUUUUAAUUGUGAUCAUUUCUCAGUGGUCCUGCACCUCAGCGCACAGCCUCUUCCAAAGGCAAAGACUGCAGGUAUUAUAACAGACACUGAAACAAGAAAAACUCAAUGCAAAUCAAUGCAAGAAACAUAUAUAUAAAUAUAUUUAUGAUGAGACAAUAUUCCUGUGAGGGUUGGAGACUGGUGCUUCUCCUUCACUAGGAGGACUGGAAGAAGGAUGACACUUGAAGUGAGGACAGGAUUUUAAUUCUGUGUUUGAUUGGAAAGUCUGACUACUCACUUAAUGUACAAGACACGUGAGGGGAUGAUCGAAGGAGGUAUCUUGAGCUAAUCAACCCUAAUUCCUCAAAGUAGUAAGCAGUAGUCCGUAGGACUGUGUAUAUACUACUCUGCAGAGUUCCGGACAUGUGAAAAGUAAAAAAAAAAAUAAAAAAAACAGUUAUAUGGAGGAUCAUUCACUGCCAGCUGUUGAAAGAUGGACAGACUGUUUUUCUUUUUUUUUUAAUUCAGGGUUAAACAUUUCUCAAUAUCUCUUCGUUACCAAUUUAAGUUUUUUUUUUAUAAUGAAAUUGUGGUUAAAAAAGACAAAAAAAAAAACAUUUGCAAUCCAGUUACAAUGUGCAAUCUACAACUUCUUCAUUUUUACUAAUUUUAUGCUAGAUAAAUGUAACAUGUAUACUGCUAUUUCCUUGUGUUUUGUGUAAAAGUUCAGACUGCUAACUAAAUUCUUUUUUUUUAUUUGUUGUACUUGGUGUCCUUAAUAUUGACCAGCACAGUGCCUAUACUGGUGGAGAGACAAAUUUGAGCACUCCAUUUAAAACAACAAUGUAUAUAGGCUGCCAAGGAAUGUAUUUGACAGAUACCAACAUGCAUCAAAGCACACAGAAAAGAGUUUUUUCUUUUUUUUAUAAGGUAUACUUCACUGUCAAAGUUAAAAAAAAACAAAAAAAAAACAAGUGUUUCUUUGAUGUCUGUUAGAGAUGUACAGUCUGCUGUAUUGGCUUGUUUUGACUCAUUCUGCCCUUUUUUAAUGGAGGAGGAUUUUAGAUUCCUCAAGAAUUUGGGCUUGUUUUUGAAAGUAACGUGGAAAUAUACUGUAUACAGCAUGCUUUCUAUUGGGCCACACACUCUGGACUAUCAGCACUUGUGUAUCUGUGUGUGCGACCCAUAGCAUGCAACUAGAUACAAUUGAAGGUGUUCAGAGAACAGCGUACUGCUUCAUUGCUCUUGGAUUACUGGGACAUGUCUGUUUUUGGAGUUGUUAACAAAAAGAGAGAAUCCCAACAUUGUUUUGUCUAUAAGAUGAUUCAAACAGCUUUGUAAAAUGCCAGUCUGAGUGCACGAUUGGAGCACUUAGGAUCUGAACCAGUACCAGUGUGGAUAUUAUGUACAGUAACAACUUUGUGAUGUCAACAUUGAAGUGAACUAACAGUAUCUGUGCCAAAUGGAGCUAAAACAUAAAUCUUACAUCAACCAGCACAAUGUUGAGGCAGAUUUUUCAUGUUAAACUUGUUCUUUGAAUCAUCCAUCAGCUGAGUUACAAAAGCUCUUGUCAUUGUCAGCUGCUCAUGGCAAAACCACAAAUUUUAACAGGUGUACGGUCUCGUUUAGUCCUAAAUAGUCUUCUUGAGAUGUUGCCAAAUCCUGAUCUCUUCUGUCUACAUCAGCGAACUGCCGGACUGAGGACAACUGUUGAGACUGAGCUAUUUCAAUUUUUUUAACAGCUACUCAAUCAGCCAGACUGAACAUGAGAACCACUUUGAUUAGAAUAGUGCUUGUAAUGCUUUAUAGUCCUACAAAGAAAAUCACAUCUAGGGUUUCAGUUGAAGACAGAUCAUCAUUACAAGUGUUCUGUCUUAUCAAAUCUUGGAAGGGGUUUCUUUUACUCUGAGAUCUACUAACUUCUACCAACUGAGGAUCUGAUCAUUAUCCCUGAAAACCCUUCUUUUGUAAAGAAAAAAAAAAACUUUUGAGCACUUUAUGGGCUUAGCGGCCUUUUUGUUUCCAAUAUGUAAAAGUAAAGAUGUGCAAAUGAAACGUGUGAAAA